AAUAUCAGCUGACUGGUUUGUUUCGCUAUAGACUCCGCAGCAAUCAGCAAAGAAGGAAUAGCACAACAUCAAAGGACUCAACUUCUUAUCAUUACAAAAAAACUGGGCUUUGAUCGCCCAAAAAUUUACAACACCUACAUUUAAAUAUAUUUUCAAUUCAUACAGGGAUCUUUUGCCUCGUUUACAAAACGCUUUGACCUGCGUGAAAUAUGCCUUCAGAGAAGACGUUCAAACAAAGGAGGACAUUUGAGCAGAGAGUAGAUGAUGUGAGACUGAUUCGAGAGCAGCACCCCAACAAGAUCCCAGUCAUCAUCGAGAGAUACAAGGGAGAGAAGCAGCUGCCCAUCCUAGAUAAAACCAAGUUCCUGGUUCCUGACCAUGUCAAUAUGAGUGAGCUGAUCAAAAUCAUCAGGAGGCGCCUCCAGCUGAACUCCAACCAGGCCUUCUUCCUGCUGGUGAAUGGCCACAGCAUGGUCUCCGUGUCGGCAGCCAUCGCUGAGGUGUACGAUCGCGAGAAGGACGAUGAUGGCUUCCUCUACAUGGUGUACGCCUCGCAGGAGACCUUUGGAACCAUAACCCCCCAGUAACAGCCUCCCACCUCCGCACCAUAGCUCGGACAAUGAUAUCUCCUCCUCCCUCCUUGAUCCUUCGUUCCUAAAUACAGACCGAUCCCCCUUGCCUUCCCUCGAACCCUUGCUUAAAACCUUAGCCAAGACAAUGGGAACCAGACUGACUUCUUCUCCCAUGCCCUUAAGGGCCCCUUAUAGAUAUUAAAAGCCAUGUCCUGCACCUUCUCAUACUCAUACAGCCCACUACCCAUUACUCAAAACCUCUCCCCGUUCAUCCAUUACUCAAAACCUCUCCCCGUUCAUCCAUUACUCAAAACCUCUCCCCGUUCAUCCAUUACUCAAAACCUCUCCCCGUUCAUCCAUUACUCAAAACCUCUCCCCGUUCAUCCAUUACUCAAAACCUCUCCCCGUUCAUCCAUUACUCAAAACCUCUCCCCGUUCAUCCAUUACUCAAAACCUCUCCCCGUUCAUCCAUUACUCAAAACCUCUCCCCGUUCAUCCAGCCAUGUGUUUAGGAAAAGAGAUUCAAUAGUUAUCUUUGGGUUGUUUGGUGUAUAGAAUGGAUUAGUAUAGCAGAGAUGAUUGCCAGUUCAGGUUGAGUUCGACUCAAACCAUUUACAGCUUAAAUCCCUGCUUGAGUCCAUCAUGGUUGAGUUCAGUUAUACAGAAAUCUCUAUAUUUUAUUUUCCACUUGUUGUGUUUGCUAAACUUGAAUGAGCUCAGUAUUUUGGAUGAAGCUUCAAUCACAACAGCUGUUGAGGAAUUUUCUAACAGUUUAGUUAAAGCGUUGAAUCCAGUUUGACAGACAAACUACUUCCACAAGAACAUGUUUCAUCAAAUCUCCUAUAAUUGGUGACUCAGGCCAAUAGUCUCAACUGGUGUGACUAAAUGAGUGGUUCUUUUUUCUUUAGUCUUCCCUUUAGCAACUUGGUUGAAUAUUCUAGGCCAACUAUAGGCUUCAUUGUAUUAACACAAGUUUUUAAGACUAACAUGUUAAUGUGCGUUCAGUUUAGCAGUUCCCCUCCCCCUGUGUUGCUCUGAGCUACUUGAUAAGGGUUGUGGGUUGAGAUUAUUUUACUUUGCACCUUUCAAAAAAUUCAAUAAAAAUGAAGGUCCUUUAAAAAAAAUAAAAAAUCUUCCCGCGCUUUGUUGUAAACUUCUCCACGUAGAAGAGAUGUUAGGGAUUCCUGGUUAAAAAGGAAAGAAAUGCUACCGAAAACCUGCUAUGAUGAUUGUUAUAAGAAAUUUGCCUCCAUGUACAGCAUGAUGAUCGAAUUGCACGUGUGUGAAAGGGUCACUGAUGUGGGAUAAUGCUGAUGUCAGAAGUGGGGUUGGUGGCUGUUUUGGACUGGGCGGGCAUCACGGCCGGGUCUGUCCACCAACCAACUGUCCAUCCGUCCCCCUCCUAGACCUGCCCUAGGGCUCUGAACAGUACUCAUCCCAGGGUGGCAUCACGCGUUUAGAAUAUUCCAUUAGUUUAAUAGAGGGUUAUUUAUGCCUUUUCUAAUGUGUGCUGACUGUUGUGCUUUUCCUUCUCGCUAUCCUCUCAACUGUUGGAACUCUUUAAAUGUUAGAUGCCUUUUUAAUCUUCAUUUUUGGCAGAUAAUCUUUCUGUUUUUAUUUAAUGUGAUGUUACUUCCUUGUACAAAUGUCCAUAUGCUAUAUGUGUGUGUAAUGAAUACGAAUGAUUCUAUGAUCAGUUUGAUUGAGGGUUUAAUAACAGAGGAAUGAUACAGUUUUAUCAGCCCAAUGUUCCUCUGCAUGCUCUGCUGUUUGCCGCUCUCAUUCUUCAUAUUCACAGCAAUAUUACACAGCCUUUUAUUGUUGUAUUUGUUGGUAUUUUAUGAAUAAAACAACUAUGUAAAGGUA